CACAUUCUAGAUGACAAUUCUGUUACCAGAUCUGGAUUUUUACUAUGAGAUUUCCUUAAAUGGGAUUGUGCUUUAUCCAAACGUCUGUUCUGUCCUGACCUUUCUCAGGGAGUUAUUUUUUCCCCUGAACAGUUUUUGUUUCCACUCUGCUGUUAGACAUGUCAGCGUUCUUUAGCUUCUUUGUUGCAAUCGUUUCAAAUGGAUUUGUUGACAUUGAUAAAUACAGCAAACUGUCCUUGGAGGAGGUCUAAGAAGCUUAAACGCUUGGUUGUAACCCCUGUGGUGGUUUAACAGCAUACUAACGGUGCUUCGGAGAGACCGAGUCAGGCAGCCAAAAAUCAGUUUGACCCAUUUAUGUAUGUAUGUUGGAUACAGAAGGAUGUUCUUUAGUGGUGACUGGAUUUGUCCAGAACUGCUCUGACGGUGAGUUUUUGCACAAUCAUGGCAGUUUUAGUCACAAUAAGACUGUUGAUCUAAUGUGUUAAUCUAAAUCAUCACCAGUUUAAAAACCAGACACUUCUUUUUCAUUCUUACCAAUACAAUGGAAAGUCCUCAGCUCAAAUAAUGUCAUAUUGAAAGAAAACACUGUGAUAAACGACUUCCUGUUUUGUGCAGUUGCACAGUGACUGAAAUUAGUCACAGUGUAGCCAGCCUAUAGUAUUUUCUGACUUUAACUUCCUCAUCCAGUUGAUUUAUUUGUAGGGAUAGUCACAUAUGCCGCUAUAGUAAAUAAGUCAUUUAUUCAGUUUAUGGCAAUUGUAACAUAAACAGAGGUGGGUAUCUUAAAUGUGAUUCUGAAAUGGUGUUAACAUACAAUAAAUGGUCCUUACCAGGUGUUUGGAGUAGGCUAAACUGCCAAAUAAGUCUCAGUACCAAGACAUCGUCAUGCUCCAGUCAAAUUCUUACAAAAAACAGAUGUGGCAUUAUGGAGAUGCUGACUUGGUGCCAUGUUUAGCUUUUUUGUGUAUUUAUCUAAGUUUGUUGUAGUUAUUACGUAGUUAACACGAGGUUAACUUUGAACUCGACACCUAAGACUGCAGCGCUGAAUGGGAGGAGCACCGGGGGAUCCUAACCCGACACACUCAACUUUGCUCCGGUUAUUUGAGCGCUCGUGGAGGCGGCAGCAGCAACAGAUGCCCAGCCUAGACUCCCUUGCUCCGUUAAAUCCAAUUAACCCGGAGAAAAAGGAAAAUCCUCGAAUGUCGCGCGGGUUCGAGCACGAGCGCGGCUCCGCUGUGCUGUGACGUUCUGCCACGACAACCCGCUAUCGACUGAAGAGUCGGAACCACAACACUCGAGCUGCUGUCACUGAGAUGAUGUGCGGUGUAUUUUGAGCGGCAGAUGAUAGACGCAGUUUUCGGCUCACUCGGCUAAUCCCGUUUAAACUCGCGCUCUCAGUUUUGCUGCAGUUGGCCUGUUCUGCACGCGCGUCACCUGGCAACGCCACGGAGUCCCCCCCCCCCUCGGCGGACUUUGUAAAAAGCUGCUGGUUAACAACAUGGACCGAUUCGCCGAUGUGCUUCUGGUCACCGCGAACGUGGGCUCGCUCUUUGAUCACGUUGGUGAAAUGCAAAAUGGAUGGCUACAGGAAUUGUAUAAGACAAUCAGCAAACACAAGCCACAGUUCAUCGCUCUGCACUUCCAGGAGGUUGGAGGGAAGGACUACAUGGUCAACAUGGGCCAAGCAGAAAACUUUUUCUGUAACAUCGAGUCCAGCGAGGAGAUGAAAGACUUUGACAGGGUUUCCAUUUACAUAGACAACGAGUUCCAAUCAGAAGACACCUUCACGGCUUUGGGAAGCAUGUACUUCAUCCACAAAACGCUGAAAAACAUCUAUCAAUAUGACUUUAAUGUUAAGGAUUUUAAAGCAGUGCAGGGGAAGAACAAGCAUGUGGGCUCUUUGGACAGGGUCGCCACUGUGGAGAAAGAAAAAUUCCCAAAGAAUUUCUGGCCUGAUUUCAAGUGGUCCAGGAAGGGCUUCAUGAGGACUCGUUGGCUCAUACACAACCAAGGUGUAGACCUGGUCAACAUCCACCUGUUCCACGAUGCCUCCAACCUUAUUGCCUGUAAUUCCAGUCCUUCUGUUUAUUCAGGCAAUCGUAAAAAUGCUCUCAGAUAUGUCAUCAACAGGAUAUCUGACAGCCGCUUCACUGCUCUGCCGUUUUUCCUGUUUGGAGACUUUAACUUCCGUCUUGACACCCUUAGUGUGGUUGAGCAUCUGUCCAUUGAAACAGAAAUGCAGACGGUGAAGAAGGACAGCACCAACGAAGUGGAGAAGAUCAUAUGUGAGGAAAAGGACAGCACCCACCAGUUGGUGCUUCAUAUCGAGGAGAAGUUGUUUGAAUAUCUGCACGAGGCCUUUUUCAGAGAGGACAAUGGCAAAGCGCUUUUGAAAUAUGACAAAGAAGUGCGAGCGUUUUGUGACAUCAUUAGAGAAGUGGACAUCACGUUUCCUCCCAGCUACCCAUACAGUGAAGACCACAAUCAGCCGACCCGCUACAUGAACACUCGCUGCCCUGCCUGGUGUGACCGUAUCCUCAUGUCCCACACCGCCGACGACCUCAUCCACUGGAGCGAUGAUGAUGAAGAAGAAGAGAAGAGUGUUGUUUACAACACAGUAGGUCCUAACGUCUGUAUGGGAGACCAUAAGCCGGUUUUCCUGUUUUUCCAACUAAAGACGAAUAACCAUUGACUCCAAUCCUUCUUUUUGGUUCACCACCUGUUUGUCACCGUGAAGAAUCAGCAUGAUCACCACAACUCACUCAUCAGCUGCCAGCAGGGCUCGUUAUCUCUCUCUCCCUUCACAUGGUCUCUGGUAUCUGAUCUGACUGCUGAGCCUCAGCACCUCUACGCUCACACCCUCUGAGGCCUAGUCCACACGUAGCCGGGUUUUUUUUAAAAACGAAUAUCCGCCCCUCCAAAAAACUUGCAUCCACACCACCUCGUUUUAGAAAAAACUCCGUCCACACAUACCCGGAUAAAUACGUUGUUAAGGACAUGCCAGACCUGUAGGCGGCAGUACUUCCCCCGUUCUUAACCUCGUCCUUCGUCUGUGGUCUUCCGCAAGGAGCAGUAAUUCCGCUUGCAAAAACAAACCAGCAAAAAGCGCUUGGACAAUUGAUAAAGCGAGCGCAGCUCUGAGGGCAUCCAUGCUGUCGGCUAGUGUAAACACAGGUCGCACACGUGAUGUCAGCAUUUUUUUGUCGCGGAAAGUGACGUUGGCGGACCUUAAAACUCCGGUUUUGUCUGUCCACACGCAGACACCCAAAACGGAGAAAACGCAGAUCUUCACUUUGGCCGGAGUUUUUAAAAAGAUCCGUUUUCGUGUGAAAAAACUCCGUUUUCGUGUGGAUGACAGGCCAAAACGUAGAAAAAUAUCUACGUUUUGGUAGAUCCCCGGCUACGUGUGGACAGGGCCUGAAUCUGCUGCUGAAAACACGACCCAGGUUCCUCCUCAGUCACUGACCAAAACCUUCAGCUAGUCUGACCUUUUUAAAGAAUUAUAAACCCUUUAAAUCCAUGCAGGGAUUGAUCUCUGUGACCUUAAUGCAGUUCAGACUUAUACUGUUGUAAAUUUUGAACACUGGCUGUGUGUGUGCACGCGUGUGUGUGUGUGUGUGUGUGUGUGUGUGUGUGUGUGUGUGUGUGUGUGUGUGUGUGUGUGCAGUUUUGUAAGUCAUGCUCUCUUUAGUUCUUAUCUUUACAGUCGCUGUAGUUUUCCUCACACAGAGGAGCAAUGCGGCUCCUCGGUUUUUAUUUUGAUGAUCUCCACAGAUUCAGCUGAACUGAUGAAGGAUUUUACACCGACAUGUUUUCAUCUGAACUCGCACCACACACAGCCGCUCUAACCGUGCUUCCUGAGUCGGUGUUCUAAUCAACGUGCAAAAGGAAUUCUAGACACGACAACCACCGUCACCAGUUUUCAUCUCCUAAUUGAACAGAAAUAAGCCACGCCUCCCAGUUUUAAUGACUCCUUCUAUGUACCAGCUGUACAUAAAACCAAGUGCUGUGUUUCAUAAGCUACAGCUCAGCAGGUCUCAGUUUGUCUCCUUCAUCCUUCAGCUGCUGUCCAUCCACACAAACAUCAUCACUGCCCUGGUUUUUCUUAGCUUUAGCUCCUGGCAAUCUCUUAAUGUUUACUUCAUAAGAAAGUGAACGCUUCCGUUCCUCUGACGUUUGAAGUUCCUCUGAACUUGCAGCAACUACACACACACACACACACACACACACACACACACACACACACACACACACACACACACACACACAUGCACACACACACGCACGCACACACACACACACACACACACGCGCACACACACACGCACACGCACACACAACACAGAAGCACUGUUUGUAAAAAUGUCCUUUUAGACUUUAUUUUUGUGCUGUUUUUCUGUAGCUCCAGAGCUUCUAACCCCGGGUUUCCACAGGAGCCGUCAGCAGCACGUUACUGCAGCAGCACGUCUUGCUUGCGUAAGCUGCUGCUUGGCCCUUCCCACGAGACGCGAAGCAGCAGGGGAGCAGCUGUCACUGACCGAGCACGAAGUCACAUGAGUGACUUCGUCAGUAAACACAACAACAAGCAGGAGAAAACUACAACAUGGUUUGUGUUUUAUGUUCUGUUCGUUUUAUAAUCGCCAAUACGGACCUGAAAAACAAAGGAGACCGCUAGCUAGGUGAUAACUUCUCACGGGGACGCACAGUUAGUAACCUUUUUUAAAAGUAAAGCAACCGGAAGUCAGUACAUUCUUUAUUCUGAAAAUCUCGGGAGCUUCUCUCCAUUUCCGCGUCCGAUUUCCUGUCUUUCCUUCCCCAAAAAUGUCGAACUUGACCCGUUUCAGAGGCGUCGCGCGUAGAAAAUAGAACCGGCGCGUAAAGGCCGCGACAUGCUGCUCCUGAGACGCGGCCGACUCGCGCCGCUGACGGCUCCAGUGGAAAGCCGGGGUAAUUCUUAUAUGAUCAGUUUGUUGUUUUGACGUGUCUUUUUUUCAUAUUAAUUCAAUUAAACCUCUUUACUACUUGUUGUAUUUUGCUUUUUUUGGAUAUCCGUGUGAUGAAACAACAAAACCUCCAUGUUUAUAGAGAAGCGCACACGCAAGCUCAGAAAGUUUUAAUGUUUUUUAUGUUUGGUCUGAAGCCUCAAUGUAACAAGAAACAAUUCUACAAAUGUCUGAAACAGUUUAAUACAAUGUACAGUCAUGCUGUGACAAAGGGCGGGGAAAGCUGUAAAUCCAGUAUUAACGUUUAGAUUAACUUCACUACAUCUUACUGUGUUUUACUUUUGUAAAUAAAGUCUUAUUUUCUGCA